UCUUGCAUUCCUUCCACCGUCGCCUGCCGUCGUUCUCUGUGGAAGCUCUACGGGCGCUCGAUAUAAUAUGUUACCUGCGCAUGGGUUGGAGACGAUCUAUGCCUUUGUAUUAGUGGCAUUAUCUGAUGGACUAUUGUAUGAAGAGGUGCUUCAAAGCCUCCUGCCUUUCGUUUAGAUCAUAUUUAUAUCAUCAUGCCUUUGGAAGCGAAGGAAAUCGAGCUCAAGGCCAAAGCCUUGACCAAGGCCGCCACUCAGAAUGAGCCCGCAGCCAACAUUGUAUCUUUACUCAAAGAGCUCCAACAAGGCGUGAAGGCAACCGAGGACCUGCUUCGAUCCACUCGCGUGGGAAUCAUUGUCAACAAGUUCAAACAGCACAAGUCACCCGAGGUCUCCCGCUUAUCCAGUGAAAUCGUCUCCAAAUGGCGGAAUGAAGUCAACAAGCAGAAGGCCGGAGGAUCGCCCGCACCUAGCCAGCGAUCUAGUAAUUCGCCGCGCCCAGCGCAAAAUGGCACAGCCUCACCUGCUGGUACGACACCAUCCGACAAGGCGUCCAAAUCGUCAGUUGCCCCAGAUAAACGUUCAUGGAAAGCAGAUGGGGUGGAUGUCAAUCAGACGGGAAACAAAAUUCGUGACAGUUGCAUUGGGCUGAUGUAUGACGGACUGUGUCUGAACUCCACGGAAUCUCCGCGCACCGUUCUGUCCAAGGCGUCCGCCGUGGAAGCCGCGGCGUACAAUUUUUUGGGCCCCGAGACCAAGGAGCAGUACCGCACCAAGAUCCGCAGUCUAUUCCAGAACCUCAAGAACAAGUCGAAUCCCAGUCUUCGGAUCCGUGUCCUCAGCAGCGAGGUGUCCCCCGAGCAGUUCGUGCGCAUGUCACACGAUGAGCUGCGCUCGGACGAACAGCGUGAGAAUGACCGCAAGAUCCAGAAGGAGAACAUGGACAAGGCAAUGGUCGCACAAGCAGAGCGCAGUAUCAGUACAAGUCUGCAGUGUGGCAAGUGCGGACAGCGCAAAGUUACAUACACUGAGGCGCAGACACGCAGUGCAGACGAACCGAUGACGCUGUUCUGCACCUGUCUAAACUGCGGAAAGUCCUGGAAGCAGUAACUUUUUAUUUCUGCUCUUCAUUGCUGCUCCUUUAGUCUUUCUAUCUUUACCCAACCCCUUUUCUUUUUCUACUAUUCAUCCCAUGGACCUCAUUUCCUCUUUUUAUCUUCUAUAGUUGUCUUACCGAAUUUGUCUGAUUACGCCACGGCGUGGAGUUUGGUUGUUAAAAGAGGUCAUUCUCGGCGGCAAGCAGUCCAUCAAU